UGGUUGUUGGUAUCGUGGUGCUGGUCAACUAUAUAAUUUAAUAUGGGAAUGGUCUACUUUUUACGGUUGGAUGGAUGCAUCUAUAUUGUAUUGUGCGAUCGUUAUUAUUAUGGUCAUUAGAAAACUCAACUUAGUAGCAAAUCAAAUCGAUGGCUUGGAUUUUUCUUCGACCUCUCGGUCAUCUAGUCAUCCUCCCUUAAUUAGUAAAUCUAUGAUUUUAUCUGUUGUCAGAAGAGUUAUUUGGUAUCCUGUGAUACUAUUAGCUCAAUUUUCUGGCGGUUUGAGUGAAACUUACUUUUAUAUCAAUCAUGUGAUCCCUUAUCCAAUUACGAUAAUUUGCUUUAUUGGCAUGUCAAUUCAAGGAUUCCUGAAUGCUUUAGUAUUUUCACAGGAUAUUGCAGUUACUCAGUGGUUAAGAUAUAUGCUAUUAAUUAAACUUUUCUCUCCUCCAAAUAUUCCAUCUCGAGUAAUUUCAUCUAAUCAUUUGUCAUCAAUUAAUUCCGUUGUCAAUGACAAUUUAGAUAACCAAAAUACUGUUCAAGAUAGUUCUAUUGAAUUAGCAAAAAGAAUAUCAAGAAUAUCCGAAGAAUUUAAAGAAAUUGAAACAACUUUAAGUAGACUUUAA